AUGCCCUUAGCUUUCUCAACGGUGUCUUUGCGCCGAUUUGAUGCCUUUGCUAAACCACUUAAGGACUUUCGAAUUCAAACAGUUUCUGGAGCAUUUCUAUCCAUAACAUGCAUAACUAUUAUCUUUAUUUUGUUUGUUUGGGAGUUCACGGAUUAUUUAUCUCCUGCUGUAAAGCAGGAAAUUAUUGUCGAUAUAUCACGUAAUCGUCAGAUGUCAAUUAAUUUUGAUAUCACAUUCCACUACGUGCCUUGCCAUGCUCUUUCUGUUGAUUCAAUGGACAUUUCUGGCGAACAACGCUCAGCGAUAACACAAGAUGUUAAUAAGACAAGAAUUCUUGCUGAUGGAAGUGCCAAACCUAAGGGCAAGUUUUAUAUACUUGUUAUUCUUUCCAUAGAAUCAGAUAACAAAAAAGCGGAGAUGCUAAAAUUGAAAAGGAAUGCAAGUUAUUGUGGAUCGUGCUAUGGGGCAAACAAAAAUGAUACGCAAUGUUGCAAUACAUGUGAAGCGGUUGUGGAAGCUUAUCGCAUUCGUGGUUGGGGUGUUAAGGAUCCACUGACAUUUGAACAAUGCAAAGAUGAAAAUGAGGCUGGUAGUUUGGGAGCUAUUGGGCAAGAGGGCUGCAGAGUGGUCGGUAAACUUGGAGUCAAUAAAGUGGCUGGCGCAUUCCAUAUCGCUCCGGGAAAGAGCUUUGGUGAGGGAAAUGUUCAUGUUCACGAUCUCAUCGCAUUCGCUGGAAAACAAUUUAAACUUGAUCAUCAAAUUCAUUAUUUGAGUUUCGGUGAUACUUAUCCUGGCCAAAUUAAUCCUUUGGACAAUUCAAAUAUGACCGAACCCUUUGAAUCACCAAUGAUUAACUAUUUUCUCAAAUUGGUACCGACAAUCUACUCGGAUUUCUCGGAUACUCCACUUGUGACGAAUCAGUACUCGGCUACGUGGCAAUUCAAAUCGACACCUCUAACAGGUGGAUCUGAUGGUAUUCCUGGUGUCUUCUUCAACUACCAAAUUAGCCCCCUCCUCGUGAAGCUUACGAAGGAGCGAAGGCGAAUAUUUAUUUGUUUAAAAAAUUUGAUUAUGAUGUUUACACGUGUUGAUGGUAUGCUAUCUUCCAUUUUAGAUCUUUUCUACAUUUUCUGA